AACUCACUGGUCAUAUUGGUGAAUUCCAAUUUGAUUCAUUAGAGUCUAUUGAUUUGAGCAUGAAUGAGUUACAUGGGUCAAUUCCAAGUUCAAUAUUUAAGCUUGUAAACCUUAGAUAUCUUUAUCUUUCUUCAAAUAACUUCAGUAGCGUUUUGGAGACAAGCAACUUUGGAAAACUUAGAAACCUCACUGAGCUUGAUCUCUCAAACAACAUGCUCUCAUUGAUCACCUCUGGCAAUUCCAACUCCAUUUUGCCCAGCAUUCAGAGGCUAGACCUUUCAAACAAUAAGAUUAGUGGAGUUUGGUCGUGGAAUAUAGGAAAGGAUACACUAGGAUACUUGAAUCUCUCUUGUAACUUGAUAAGUGGGUUUGAGAUGCUUCCAUGGAAAAAUAUAGGAAUUCUAGAUCUUCAUUCCAACUUGUUGCAAGGACCACUUCCAACUCCUCCAAAUUCUACUUUUUUCUUUUCAGUAUCCCAUAACAAAUUGAGUGGAGAAAUCUCACCGUUGACUUGCAAAGCGAGUUCCAUGAGAGUUCUUGAUUUGUCUAACAACAACUUGAGUGGCAUGCUUCCUCACUGUUUGGGGAAUUUUAGCAAAGAUCUUUCUGUUUUGAAUUUACGAAGGAAUCGAUUUCAUGGCAUCAUUCCUCAAACAUUUUUAAAGGGCAAUGCUAUCAGGAAUCUUGACUUCAACGAUAAUCGAUUGGAAGGCCCAGUACCUCGAUCUUUGAUCAUUUGUAGAAAACUUGAAGUUCUAGACCUUGGGAAUAAUAAGAUAAAUGAUACAUUUCCCCAUUGGUUGGGAACUCUUCCAGAGUUGCAAGUUCUUGUUUUGCGCUUUAAUAGUUUCCAUGGUCAUAUAGGGUGUUCCAAAAUCAAAUCCCCAUUCAUGAGCCUAAGAAUCAUUGAUCUCGCUCACAAUGAUUUCGAGGGUGACUUGCCUGAAAUGUAUUUGAGAAGUUUGAAAGCGGCAAUGAAUGUAGAUGAAGGCAACAUGACAAGAAAAUAUAUGGGGGACAGUUACUAUCAAGAUUCCGUAAUGGUGACAAUCAAGGGGUUGGAGAUUGAAUUUGUGAAAAUCUUGACUACGUUCACAACAAUUGAUUUAUCAAGCAAUAAAUUCCAAGGAGAGAUUCCAAAGUCCAUUGGAAAUCUUAAUUCACUUCGAGGACUCAAUUUGUCUCAUAACAACCUUAGAGGACAUAUUCCACCAUCUUUUGGGAAUUUGAAGUUGCUUGAAUCAUUGGACCUCUCUUCAAACAAGCUCAUUGGUAGAAUUCCUCAAGAAUUAACAAGUUUGACAUUUCUUGAAGUUUUGAAUCUUUCCCAAAAUAAUCUCACCGGUUUUAUACCUCGAGGCAAUCAGUUUGAGACAUUUGGAAAUGAUUCAUACAACGAGAACUCAGGGCUAUGUGGAUUUCCGUUGUCAAAGAAAUGCACAGCUGAUGAAACACUAGAGCCUUCAAAAGAAGCGAAUACAGAGUUUGAUGGUGGAUUUGAUUGGAAAAUCACAUUGAUGGGAUAUGGAUGUGGAUUGGUUAUUGGGUUGUCUCUUGGGUGUCUUGUUUUCUUAAUUGGGAAACCUGAAUGGUUGACAAGGAUGGUAGAAGAGAACAUUCACAAGACGAUCACAAGGUCUAAAAGAAGUACUCGCAGCAGAGGAGCAAGAAGAAAGUAGCAUAUUCCAACCGCAUUGUAUUUUGUGCUACAUAUUACAAAUGGAUUUUACAUUUGUUAGCAAAUAAUCUACUUGUUAUUA